AUGAGUUCAGAUACAGAUACUUGUGCCAAAAAAGAAAUCAAAAUUGGUAGAAAAAUCAUCGAAGGGAAAACUAAGGUUGUCUUUGCUAUCGAUGAUCCUACCAGUUGCAAUUUAGUAGUAUUACGUUCAAAAGACGCCAUAACUGCUUUUGAUGGCCAACGAGCUCAUGAAAUGAGUUUUAAAGGCAAAUAUAGUACUGCGACGACAUGUGGCGUAUUUGAUUUACUACAAUACUGUGACGUUCCUACUCAUUAUCGCUAUCACUAUGAUGAGAAUUCAUUUGUAGCAAUUUUCUGCAAUAUGAUUCCCUUAGAGGUAGUAGUACGAAGGAUAGCUACAGGAUCAUUCCUGAAGAGGCAUCAAGGUGUGAAAGAAGGCUAUCGAUUUUCACCUCUAAAAUUAGAAUUCUUUUACAAAGAUGAUGCUCAACAUGACCCAUUAGUGAGUAUUGAGCAAAUUCUUCAUAUGAAAUUAACUGCUGGCAAAGUCGUUAUUGGUAAAGAUGAAAUAGAUAUCAUGUCCAAAGUAGCCCUUGCCACUUUUGAGAUUCUAGAAAGAGCUUGGUCUACAUUAAAUUGCAAUUUGAUUGAUUUAAAGGUUGAAUUUGGUGUUUCAGCAUCGGGUACAUUGCUGCUUGCAGAUGUGAUCGAUAAUGAUUCCUGGAGAUUAUGGCCUAGCGGAGAUAAACGAUUGCAAAAGGAUAAACAAGCUUAUCGGGAUCUAAAACAAGUUACCGAUCAAGCCAUGGAAGAAAUUCGUGGCAAUUAUGCAUGGGUAGCGAAGAAAAUUGACCAAUUGAUGAAAAGUCCAUCGUGCAAAGUUAUGAUCAUCAUGGGAUCAGAAAGCGAUCGAGAACAUUGCAUGAAGAUUGCAACUACUCUACGUGAGAUGCACAUUGAUUAUCAACUUCGAGUGAGUUCAGCUCACAAAAGUACCGAAGAACUGCUCAGUAUUUUAGCUAGCUAUGAAAGCACUGAAAUACCAACUGUAUUCAUCGCUGUAGCAGGCCGCAGCAACGGCUUAGGUCCUGUCAUGGCUGGAAAUACAACUAUCCCUGUUAUCAAUUGCCCUCCGAUAGGGCAUCAUGAUGACAUUUGGUCGUCGCUAACUUUACCCAGUGGAUUAGGUUGUUGUACCUCAUUGAAUACAGAUGGAGCAGCCUUAAUGGCUGGUCAGAUAUUGGCUAUCAGCAAUCAUCUUGUGUGGGGAUGCAUUCGCGGUAGGCGAUUAAAGAGAUGGCUACACAUAAAGAAGGCCGACACAAAUUCGAUUUAA